AUGACAAAACUCAAAUCAAGCACCCACUCGCUCGAUCGUCUACUAUCCACCGUGCCAUCAGAGAUGCUCUACGAAAUAUUUGCCAAUUUACCCUUCGUAGAAUUGCUAAACAUUUUUACAUUGAAUAGGGAGAUUUAUAAUUUAUUGAUGGAGAGCGAAUACUUUUUCGAGAAAUUAUGUAGAAUUUAUUGUAAAUUAAAUGAUAUUACGGAAAGUGAGUACGGAAAGGCUGUUGAGAGUGUAAAGGAAAGAAAAGAUUUUAAGAAUUUAUAUUUUUCUGUCAUGCGCGAGUUGAUUUCAUGUUUUGGAUAUAAGUGGGAUACUGAAUAUCAGUAUUACAAAGUUGCCAACAAGUUUGAAUUGACAUCCAACACUUUUAAAACAAUCGAAAAACCUUCUCAUGGUGAUUUUUAUACUGUGAAAUCGGUCAGAUUGUUGAAACCUGGCAGAUAUUACAAGUGGAAGAUUAAAUUGGAUAACUAUCAUCCUGGAAUUGUUUCAAAUUCAUUCAAAAUCAUGAUUGGAAUUGAAUCUCUCAAUUUCUUCCCUUUCAAUGAUCAACAUAGUGGAGAUGUCAUUGGCUGGCAAUCAGAAUCAAAGGGAAUAGCUUUAAUUACUGGAACCAAAGAAAUUAUCCAUGCAGGCUGUGGCGACAAACACAAAACUUUCAAGGUAGAACAAAACUUUGAAACUGGCGAUAUCAUUCAAAUAGAAUUUGAUUUAACAAAUGUUCCAAAUGUUAUCCCUCUCCAACAUACUACAGAAAGAUAUUCUGAUAUAGAGGAUGAUGUAAAAUAUAUGGGAUCAGUGAGGUUUAGUCUAAUUAGAGACAAAACAACUCAAGAAUUGAGACCUUGGUAUCCAUUCGGUGAUGUGAGAUUUGCUCCCUUCGUUCCAGCAGUUAGUGUAAACAGUGGACAAACUAUUUCAUUUGUUUAA